AUGGCCGCUGUUUCCGACUUGGGCUGCCCACUCUUCAACUACAUGGUUUCAGUGCUUCAUUCGAGUUUCGGCAACGACUUAGACGCCGUCUUUCUCCAUAACAUCCGAACGGAAUGCGAGCGCGCCAAGGACGCCCUAUGUUUGGGCUCGGCUAUGGGGGAGUUUAAGAUUGAGCGACUAGGCAUGGAGAUGAGACAAUUGGUCGAUCGGGGAUGGGUAGUGGAGAUAAAUCUCAAGCUACUUCGCACCGGAAUCAUGAGGUGCUUGAGGGACGCCGGACUCGAGAAAGAAGAAGUGGAUGAGGUCGUGCUCGCCGGUGCUUCCUGUAACAUACCGGCGGUCCGAAGAGUUCUUCUAGAGUUCUUUCAAGAGCAGAAGUUCAGAUGUAGCAUCGACCCUGCAAACCUUAUGUCCUUCAGUUCCCAGCGAUACAUAAAUAAUUUCUCCAGUGUAUUUGAUAACCCUGUGGCAAUUCUUGAGGGUUUAAAUUUGGGGCUGUACGCUCUUUGA